AGAGAGAGAGAGAGAGAGAGAGAGAGAGAGGAGGGUUAACUCACAAACUAGCACCCACCAUCAUUCCCAUAAUCGAGCGUCGAGCUACACGAUCUGCACCUCUGUAAUUAUGCACGUUUUGUGCUGGAUGGGAUUCUCGGUAAACACCGCAAAGAUGGCACGGGCACGGAGCUCCAGCCUCGCUGCAUCCCCCACAAGUUGUUAGCGGUGUGUGUGUGUUUGUGUGAGUGUGAGUGUGUGUGGAGCAAGAGGCGGGCUGUGUUGUUUAUCCAAAAUGACUCGACAUGGCUGUGGCUUUGAUUCAACAUACAAGGCUUUGCGAGCGACCCUGGAAACCAUAACCAGUUGAGAGAGUGAGGCGCAAAUCAUCUUAAUGAAAGUCGUAAGUGGGGUUGGGUGGACAUGGACCCAUUCAGCCAGCUUAUCCUCAUCAUCUCGGUGACCAGUUUCCUCACCUUCCAGUGGCUUUUCCACAAAGUCAGUCCCUGGAUGUCCAUACGCAUCAGCCCCGGGUUCCUCUGCCUCAGUGACAAGCAGAAGGUGGAAUGGAACUCAAGGACGGUGUCAACGCUUCACGCACUGUUGGUGGGAAUCUUCUGUCUCUACAUCUUGUUUUUUGAUGAUGCCGUCAAUGAAGACCCAGUCUGGGGGGAUCCUACACUGGUGAAGACUAAUGUUGCCAUCACAACAGGCUACCUCAUAUCUGAUCUGCUGCUAAUAUUUUACUAUUGGAAGGCGAUAGGCGACAAGUUUUUUGUAGUUCACCAUCUGGCAGCGUUGUAUGCUUACUACUAUGUACUGGGUGAAGGAAUGUUGCCUUAUUUUGCUAACUUCCGUCUGCUUGCUGAGUUUUCUACACCAUGUGUGAACCAGCGCUGGUUCUUUGAGGUACUAGGUUAUCCCAAGUCCUCCCGGCCUAACAUGGCAAAUGGCGUUGCCAUGGCAGUAGUCUUUUUCAUGGUCCGCAUCGCCGUCAUGCCAGUCUACUAUAGUCGUAUGUAUGCGGUCUACGGCACUGAGGCCUUCUACCUGGUGCCCUGGGGUGGCCGUGUAGCCUGGAUCUGCUCCAGUAUCUGCUUGGACAUCAUGAACAUUAUGUGGAUGCAUAAGAUUGCCCGCGGCUGCUACAAGGUGCUGCGCUCGGCACGCCAGAGCAAAGCCAGCACACCUCAGGAGAAUGGGAAAACGGAUUAAGGGAACCAGGGCGUCAGUGGUGAGAAAGCACCACAACAGAGAAACAGUGACGUCACUGUCAGUGCAUUGGUGAGCAGCAGCUUGGACACUUACCUGUCACACCCGGGACGAGUGAUAUUACAGGACCGAAUGUAAUGAGGGGAAUUGAGAUUUUUUUAGAAAGCGGGCGCAGUCAGAGAUGUACUGAUGGACUGUUUAACUGGCCAUCCCAGAGCCAUGAAAUGACCUCUUAGCAAUACUGUGUGCAUGGCCAAUUAUUUUUCUCUUGAACAAUUUACCACUACACAAAAGAGGUCGUCCUGGGACAAUGGACUGCUAGCCCAACCACAAAAAGUUUACCGUUCUUUACUUAGUGCUCAACAAAAUACUUUGGGUUUUUUUUGUAUUAUUACUGUACUGCUGCCUGAGUCCCAGAAUAAAAGUGAUGAAAUAUGAGUUCAUGUUGAUGAUGAAGCAAAGAUUUGAGGGAACCUCGAAAACAUUCAGUGAUUCCUCAAUAAUGGUCAGUGCCAUAAAAUCAUUGUCAGAUGCCUGUUGAGGAGAAGGGCCAAGCAUCUCUUCUUUUUUUCUUUUUCCUCAGUAAAUCUUGAGAUAAAGUUGCAGGGACUUGACUGACACAAGAUGGGAUUACAUCAAGUGCAGUCACAGAGAAGAAUAAGUAUGGAUAAAUCAGUUCAUCCCUCACCAACUGUCAUUCAGUUAAGAGGUUCAUUGAGUCUUGGUUUCAUUUGUAUUUGAAUGGUUAAUUUAAAUAAUAUAGGGCUGAAAGGUAAUCGGUACACUGUAUGUAGUUUAUUUCUUUUGUCUUGCUGGGGUCGAGGCAAAUGGGUUUUCAAAGAUACAAACAAAGAUAACUGUUUUUAAAAGGAGACUGAUGUACAGAGUACCUUAAAAAUGCUUAAAGGGAAACUGAAUGUCAAUGCAGUGUUUGUACACUGACAUUAAGCAGUGCAAGAACAGUAAUAUUUCUUGAAGAAAUAUUGAGCAACAGUCAACAUCAGAUUUUUAAAUCCACAUGAUAUAAUGUGUAUACAACCGGAUAUUUUACAGAAUGAGGGGGAGAUCAUAUUGCAUAAACAAAGAUAUGUUGUUGACAUUGUUUUGUGGGAGCCUGCAUUAUAUUUAUUUCACAUUUUGCAAUGCAUGAUAAGGGGUGAAACCUGGAGUGUUGAUUUGGAAUCAGUGUCAUAGACAAACCUAAAAAAUGAAACACAGAGUACAGACAAAGAGCAACUGCUUUGAAAUGUUCAUUUAUGCUAAGACGGUUAGUGGGAGGUGUUAAUAGGAUUCUGACACUCUAGUUUUUCCAGCAUCAGCUGUUGACCUUAGGUCUAUAUAGUAUUCACACUUCCUAUUAAUAAUAUCUUCUUAGGCACAAACUUAAAUUUACCCCUGGGCAACAUUUGCCAACAGGCCGCAUGCUGCUAUGUGUGUUUUCCAGAAGGAAUUGGAAAUUUUAGCCAGCAAAUUGAAUUCGGUACAUGAUUUCAGUACAAUCGUUCGAAGAAAAAGAAAUGAAUUUUUUUCUGCAGAUUUGAGUUUUAUGUAAAAUCAAACACAAUAAUCAUUGUUUCAGAUGGUAAUAGUUCUGUACAUGUCAAACAUAGUUUGUAAUUGUUUUAGAGCCUUGUGAUACAAAUAGCUUCUGCCUCAUGUUACUGUAUGAUUUCCAAUCAGCUGUUAAACAUAAUGUGCACUUCCAUAUUUAUUAAUCGGAUGGAUACAAGUGUGUUUUGUGUUAAGUGGACAUGAAUAUAUGGAAAAGUUGUGAAGAUUCACAUUAUAUUUGGUUUCUCAAGCCUCAUUCUACUGACAAAGCCGUUUCAUGUUAAUCAACGUGCAACACAGGAGCAAAUCUGUUGAAAAGUUUUUAAGACAAAUGUAUCAUUUGUUCAAAUGAAAAGUUACAAUUCAUCGAUGAUUUACAAAACAUGUACUUGAACUUUCAUUGUAAAUGUAUCUUUAUAUGAGCUGUACAUCAAAAGCUUCUGUUAAUUGUUUUGUGAAACAGAAACGGGGAUUGCUGGUUUUUAAAGUACGCCUUGCUAUGUUCAGCAUUUGAUUUUGUUGCCUUUUUUAAAACAACUUAUGAUUGCACAGUGAAUAUUUUGUUACAUCCAACUCCUCACAACACUGAACACCAUUUUUCAGUGAUUUACUUGUGUGUUUUCCAUGUCUGAUGCCUGUCUAAUGUGAUUGUUUGGCCUUUGUAAUAGAUCAGUUAAAUGUAAAACCAAGAGGCUUGUUAAGGCUGGUUGUUUUAGUGCUUUUGUUAUGGUUUUAAGAUUUAUGUAUUUGUGCCAGUGUUUAAGCCAUUACUACUCCAUGGUGAAGACCUUUGUUUGUUUGUUUGUUUGUUUUUAAAUUCAUGAGCAUUUUCAUACAUCAGUGCCAACUUGCAACCAUGAUCUGAUGGUUCAGAUCAGUUCUGUUCACAUAACCAUCUCUCUGCACGCUCUGGCUAGUCACUGUAUGAUGAGGCUCAAUUUAGUUUGGUAUGGUAAAACAGUGAGACUUGUUUGGAACAGGAUGUGGUGUUAAUAUUUCAGUGGAAUUAAAUGGAAAUCAUGAAAAGGUUUCAGGAAAGCAGGCCACUUCUGGCAGAAUCAGGGGUGGUUGUGUAUGCAAGGUCAUGCAUGGUCAAUAUGGCGUUCUGCUCCAAGCACCCUCUAUAACAACUGCAUGUGGUAUUGCAUGGGGAUUGCACUGUAAACAAAAUAGCAUAUACAUUUGCAAGAGAAAUUCUAUUCUUUGUUUUCUUUUUCUUAGUACAUGUACAUAAUGUUUACUUAAACAUUAUCCUUGCACUGUGCCACAUAAUGUACUCGACAGAUGAUUAUAAUGAUGUGAUGCGAACAUCAUAAAGCAGUAUAUUAAGUAUAAUAUCCAGCACAGAAAUAAUCAGUGAGGGAAUACUUGAAUACUAAUCAGCACAGUUUAUAAUAAUCUGGGUAGUGCAAAUAAACGUUAAUCCUAUGAGCAUGGUGCUGCUGUCAGCUAGGUGAACUGGUGUUGGUGUUUCUGUUCUGAAUGUUGUAUGGAGGAGAGAUAUGAGUAGGUGGAGUGUUUAGUGACAUUCUGUGAAUGUAUUGGAGAAGAGAAAAUAUUUGUCAUUUACAUUUUAAUUUGUUCUUUUCAAUAAAUACCAAAUUAACUGA